CGGGUCUGUCGACCUUCGAGGAGUUUAUUGCGCCCGUGGAGUGCGGCCUCCCAGCUGUGGCCGCCGCAGCACUGGUCAGCCUGUUUUUCAUUUUGAUGGCUGAAUCAUAUACCGCCCCUAUUUGGUAAGCCCUUGGCCUGUUUUUCUCCACCCACAUCCGUAGCCUUCAGCAGACCUUCCAUAAAUAUCAGGGAAGGAUUUUGAAACAUGAAUCCUUCACUCCUCCUGACCGCCCUUUGCUUGGGAAUAGCCUCAGCUACUCCAAAACUUGAUCCCAGAUUGGACGCACAGUGGUACGAGUGGAAGGCAACACACAGGAGACUAUAUGGCGUGAAUGAAGAAGGAUGGAGGAGAGCGGUGUGGGAGAAGAAUAUGAAAAUGAUCGAACUGCACAAUCGGGAAUACAGCCUAACGAAGCAGGGCUUCACCAUGGCGAUGAAUGCCUUUGGCGACAUGACCAAUGAAGAAUUCAGGCAGGUGAUGAAUGGCUUUCAGAACCAGAAGCAACGGAAUGGGAAGGCAUUCCGAGAGCCUCUCUUUGCUCAGAUCCCCUCAUCUGUGGAUUGGAGAGACAAAGGCUAUGUAACUCCUGUGAAGAACCAGGGUCAGUGUGGUUCUUGUUGGGCUUUUAGUGCAACUGGUUCCCUUGAAGGACAGAUGUUCCGGAAAACUGGCAAACUCGUCUCGCUGAGUGAGCAGAACCUGGUGGACUGCUCUCGCGCUCAGGGCAAUGAGGGCUGCAAUGGUGGCCUAAUGGAUAAUGCCUUCCAGUACAUCAAGGACAACAAAGGCCUGGACACAGAGGAAUCCUAUCCAUAUCUCGCAAGGGAAUCAAACACCUGCAACUAUAGACCUGAGUAUUCUGCUGCCAACGACACUGGCUUUGUGGAUAUCCCUCAGCGUGAGAAGGCCCUUCUGAAGGCAGUGGCGACUGUGGGGCCCAUCUCUGUUGCUAUAGAUGCAGGCCAUUCAUCAUUCCAGUUCUAUAAUGCAGGCAUCUAUUAUGAACCAAACUGCAGCAGCAAAGACCUGGAUCACGGUGUUCUGGUGGUUGGCUAUGGCUCUGAAGGAGGAGAAUCAAAGAACAAUAAAUUUUGGAUUGUCAAGAACAGCUGGGGUUCAGGAUGGGGCAUGAAUGGCUACGUAAAAAUGGCCAGAGACCAGAGCAACCACUGUGGGAUCGCCACGGCAGCCAGCUACCCUACUGUGUGAGCUGAUGGAGUGGUAAUGGAAGCCUUGAGGACGGCACAUCCAGAGGGAUUUUAUCUUUAAACUGAUCAGACCUUUAUUGUGUAAGAUGAGAAACUUGAAUCAUUAAGGAUCCAAGUUGUGAUGUGAAUUCUGUGACAUUUUUAUAAGGGUAAAAUGUUACCAGUACUUUAAUUACUGUUAUAAAUAGCUUUAUAAUAUUGAAGAUUCAUUGCUGAAUUCUAA